AUGCGAGUGGAUUUUGUGGGCUACACCUCUCUGCCUUUGGACAAGUGGUGGCCACCCAAGUUGUGUGACAAGGAAGAACUCAGCAUUUUCGGCGAGCUUUGGUCCCGCGCGGCCGCCGUAGAGUCACCGUUGCCAUGGUUCCCAGGUUACUGCGUGGACGCGCUGAGACGUGACUGCGAAGGAACAAGGAGUCUUUGGUUCCGAGUCGGGUUUCAGGGCCUCGCACAGCGGAAAGGCACCAUGGGCCGUAGUAAGCACCUACCUUCUGUCCUCCUUCUGGCUCUGAUCUGCGCCGCCCGCCCUAGAGUGCCCUUGGAUGCCCGCGGACCCCCGCGCUCCGCCCAGAAAAGGGCCACUGGUGCCAGACAGGCCAGUGCCAAGCGGCCCACCGUGACCUUUUCUAUGUUCAGGUUCCUCAUCUUCACCGAAGACCUCAUUAGACGGAACGCUGAGCACAAUGACUGUGUGAUUUUUUCCCUGGAGGAGCUCUCCUUGCAUCAGCAAGAAAUAGAAAAAUUAGAACACAUUGACAAAUGGUGCCGGGAGCUGAGGAUCCUCUACCUUCAGAACAAUCUCAUUGGGAAAAUCGAAAAUGUCAGCAAACUCAAGAAACUUCAAUAUUUGAAUUUAGCUUUAAACAACAUUGAAAAAAUUGAAAAUUUGGAAGGAUGUGAAGGACUGACCAAACUCGACCUGACGGUCAAUUUCAUUGGGGAGCUGAGCAGCAUCAAAUCCUUGCAGCACAACCCCCAUCUGAAGGAGCUCUUUCUCAUGGGGAACCCAUGUGCCGACUUUCAAGGGUACCGGCAGUUUGUGGUGGCAACGCUGCAACAGUUAAAGUGGUUGGAUGGUAAAGAAGUAGAGCGUUCUGAGAGGAUUCAGGCAUUACAGAACUACCCAAGAAUCGAACGAGAAAUCAGAGAGCAAGAAAAAACGCACUGCCUCAAGCGAGCCAGGGACAAAGAAGAGGCUCAGAGGAAGCUUGAGGAAGAGCAUGAACGAGAAGACGACACAAAACGCACCCCAGGCUUUGACAGACGUUGGUCCACAGAUGUCAACACCACCGUCGCAAGCUCUUUAGAGAGCAGACAACCCCACCCAGGCUCGGAGACACGAGGAGAGGAGAGCAACACAAAGAAAUUGGAUGAAAGUGAAGAAGACCUGGCAUUCUGGAAUAAGCCCUCUCUGUUCACUCCCGAGUCUAGACUGGAGACUCUUAGACACAUGGAAAAACAACGGAAAAAACAAGAACAGUUGAGUGACAACAAGAAGAAAGUGAAGCCACCCAGGACUCUGAUCACUGAAGAUGGAAAAGCCCUGAAUGUCAACGACCCCAAACUUGACUUCUGUCUGAAAGAUGACGAGAAGCGGAACCAGCUCAUCUUGGACCUUGCUGUCUAUAGGUACAUGGAUACCUCUUUAAUCGAUGUUGAUGUGCAGCCAACUUACGUGCGAGUGACGGUAAAAGGGAAGCCCUUUCAGCUGGUACUUCCUGCAGAGGUGAAGCCAGAUAGCAGCGAGGCCAGGAGAUCUCAGACUACUGGGCACCUAGUCAUCUGCAUGCCCAAGGUAGGAGCAGUAAUCACAGCUGGCCGGAAAACAUCCCAGUCUGUGAAAACAACCUCAGACAUCAACAGCCAGCCAACAAACAGAAGAAGCGACCAAAUUGAGAAGCUAGAAGUAGACCCCAGCAAGCAUUCAUUUCCUGAUGUGGCUAACAUUGUCCAAGAGAAAACACACUCACCUAGAAGAGUUGCAGCUGAACCCCAAAAUAUACCAAGUAAUGAAGAUCAAGAUUUUGAAGAUAACCCUGACGUGCCUCCACUGAUUUGA